AUGUCGACUUUGUCCCCGCCACAUAUCUUCCCGCCGCCCCGCCAUCCUCCACGACAGUCGCAGUUCUUCCUGCCUCUCCAACCGCAGCAGCAGCAGCAGCAGCAGCAGCAGCAGCAGCAGCAGCAGCAGCAGCAUCGGCAGUAUCAGCAUCGCCGCAAGUCCUCAACCAUGCGAUUGACCCGCGACACCAUCAACCAGCACGUCGUGCUUGCCGAGUACGCCGUCCGGGGCGAGCUCGCCGUCAAGUCGGAAGAGUUUCGCGCCCGCCUCAAAAAGGGCGACGGUUCGCUGCCCUUUGACCAAGUCAUCUCGGCCAACAUCGGAAACCCCCAGCAGCUCGACCAGAAACCCAUUACCUUCUUCCGGCAGGUCCUCAGUUUGCUGGAAAACCCCGAGCUGCUUGCAAACGAGCAUGUCCUGGUCAACGACCUCGGCUACAAGACCGACGUCAUCUCUCGGGCCAAGUGGUUGCUAAAGCAGGUUGGUUCUGUCGGUGCCUACAGCGCCAGUGCUGGUGUUCCGGCCAUCAAAGACAGCAUCGCGGCUUUCCUGGAACGGCGAGACGGCUUCCCUGCCGAUCCUUCCAAGAUCUAUCUCUCCACCGGUGCCUCUUCUGGCGUCAACACGCUUCUCCAUGUCAUUUGCGCGGAUAAAAAGUCGGGGAUCCUGAUCCCCAUACCCCAGUAUCCCCUGUACACUGCCACGCUGGCUCUCCUCGAUGCCCAGCCAGUUCCGUACUACCUGGACGAAUCCAAGGCUUGGGGAACCAACUUUGAGGCCAUCAAGGCUGCCUACGAGAAGGGCAAGGCCGACGGCCUGGAUGUCCGCUGCAUAGUCAUCAUCAACCCCGGUAACCCAACCGGCGCCUCCCUUUCCGAGCAAGACGUUCGCGCCGUCAUUGACUUUGCCAGCCAGGAAAACCUGGUCGUCGUGGCCGACGAAGUGUACCAGACCAAUGUCUUUGUCGGCAAAUUUCACAGCUUCAAGGGCGUCCUGCGCAAAAUGCAGCAGGAGAGCCCCGGCAGGUACGACGGCCUCGAGCUUGCCUCGUUGCACAGCAUCUCCAAGGGCAUGGUGGGUGAGUGCGGCCACCGGGGCGGCUACUUUGAGCUCGUCGGCUUCGAUGCAGAGGUCGAGGCCAACAUUUACAAGUUCGUCUCCAUCAUGCUCUGCGCCCCCGUCAUCGGGCAGUGCCUGGUCGAGCUCAUGGUCAACCCGCCCAAGCAAGGCGAGCCCUCUCACGAGCUCUACCAGAAGGAGUACUCCGCCAUCUACGACGGGCUGCGCGAGCGCGCCGCCGCGCUGCACGAGGCCUUUGGCCAGAUGGAAGGCGUCGAAUGCGCCGAGCCCCAAGGCGCCAUGUACCUGUUCCCCACCAUCAACCUGCCCCCCAGGGCCCUCGAGGCGGCUGCCGCUGAGAAGCGCUCUGCCGAUGAGUUUUACUGCAUGAAAAUGCUCGAGGCCACUGGUGUCUGCGUCGUCGCGGGUUCCGGCUUUGGCCAAAAGGAAGGCACCUUGCACUUCCGGACGACCUUUCUCGCGCCGGGCACGGAAUGGGUCGCGGGCGUUGUCAAGUUCCACAAGGAGUUUAUGGACAAGUACAGAUAG